GCUGGAGAAAAGAUAGAAAACCUUUAAGCUGUCAUUCCGACCCGAUGCAAGUCAAUUACAUGUUUAUUUAAUUAAAUCAAUAAUUUAAUUAACGCGAGUUGUAUGAAUGCAUUGGAGGCACAUUUGUCUUAAUUAAGGAAAAUAUAUUAUAUAUGAGAAAAUGAAGCUGUAUGUGAUUAUCGGACUUUUUGGCGUAAUGUUGGAAUUAGUGGAAUUUAUUGAAACCUACAAAAUUAUUAAGCCGUACAAAUAUUACCAUCCUCAACCCUGGCGACCACCAAGAUGGCAUCCGUUUUCGAAACCCCGGAAGCGCUAUCAUCCCAAAAGAAUGCCAUCGCAUAAAUCUCACUAUGACCAUCCGCACUAUCACAGAUAUGUACCGUAUUACGAAGAUUCGGCCGAGACGUCUCAUGAUGACAAGCCGUAUAUCAUAGUCAUACAACUUCCAUCGAAAAAAGAGAAAAGCAAAUCUCGUUCACGUAAGCGUGAGCAUGUCAUAAAUAUUCCGCGAGAUAUUGAUUAUAUUAACGACGAUGAUGAUGAAUUAAAAGUAGAUCAGCUCGAUGACAAGACAGUACGAAUAAAAGUGAACGAUACGGAUAAAACCGAUGAACAGGAAUAUACGUAGACAGAGUAAUGCAAAUAAAAGUAAACGACGAAAGAGAGAGAGAGAGAAAAAUUAUAGGUUCUUACUUUGUAAUAUGUUAUAUAUGUUAGCAGUUUGCAUUUGAAUGACGAGCUUACAACAUUAUUCAAUCUGUGAAAAUAUUUCUGACAAGUAUAUUAUUUAUUAGGAUUAAA